AUGGCUUUGAUCAACAGAAUUGUCACCAGAGCUGCUCGUCCAGCCUUCUUGGCUGCUCGUAAUCCCAUUGGUGUGCGUUGUUUGUCUACCCCAGUGGAGCCAAAGGAAAAAGCCCACUCCAUCGUGGACGCCUUACCUGGCAACAACCUCAUUUCUAAGACUGGUAUCUUAGCUACAUCUGCCGCCGCCACCAUCUACGGUAUCUCCAACGAAUUGAUUGUGUUGCAUGACGAGACCAUUUUGGUUGUCACAUUCUCCACUUUUGUGGCUCUUUGCGCCAAGUUUGUUGCUCCAUUGUACACCGAGUGGGCCGACGGCGAGAUCAAGAAGGUCAACGACCUUUUAAACGAAUCGAAGAACAAACACGUCACUGCUGUCAAGGGCAGAAUCGAGUCCGUUUCUCAAUUGAAGGAUGUUGUUUCCACCACAAAGCAGUUGUUUGACAUUUCUAGAGAAACUGCCAAGUUGGAAGCUGAAACCUUUGAGUUGAAGCAGAAGCUUGCUGUUGCCAACGAGGCUAAGGCCACCUUGGACUCCUGGGUCAGAUUUGAGCAGCAGCAGAGACAAUUGGAGCAAGAACAGUUGAUCAAAUCCGUCUUGGAUAAGGUCAACAAGGAGGUUGAAAACCCCAAGUUCCAGGACAAGGUAUUGGCCGAAGCUGUUGCUGAGGUUGAGAAGGUUUUCUCCAAGGCAUAA